AAUUUUCACAAAGUUUAGGGGCUCACAUGCAACUUAACUACUAUUCUCAAAUUUCUCUAUCGCCCCUUUCCCCUAUAUAUUACAAAAACCCUUCACAUUUAUGAUAACACUUCAACAAACUCCUCUCUCUAAAAAAUUUGGCCACGCAACUUUAAGCAAUGGAGAAGACGACGAACUCGACGACGAGUCUUAUACGGACGAAAUCCGACCAGCUGGUGGAGACAAUCGCGGCGGCUCUGGGCGCGAUGAAGUCUCCGGUGUCGUCCGGCGACGCGGCGGCCGACAGCAGCGGCAACCUGUCGCGGAUGUCGAGCCGGCGGCUGGCGGCGGCGUCGCCUGGGCGGAGCAGCGGCAGCGUGGGGAGGAACACUCACAUUCGGAAGUCGAGGAGCGCUCAGAUGAAAUUCGACGUCGACGACUUGAACAGCGGCGCCGCCUUGAGCCGCGCCUCCAGCGCCAGCUUCGGCCUCUCCUUCUCCUUCACCGGCUUCCAAGUCCCCGCCGACGAGAUCGCCGAUUCCAAGCCGUUUAGCGACGACGAAAUCGCUGAAGAUCUUGAGGCAGGCAGGCAAAAGAAGAGACUCCAAACAGAACCCACAAUACCAAUCUACCUCAAGUUCACAGAUGUAACUUACAAGGUGAUCCUAAAAAACAUGACGUCGACGGUGGAGAAAGAUAUUUUGUAUGGGAUCAAUGGCUAUGUUGCUCCAGGGGAAGUUUUGGCCCUCAUGGGGCCAUCUGGGAGUGGAAAGACUUCAUUGCUGAGUCUACUGGGAGGGAGAGUCACAGAACCCGCCCACGGUGGCUCGAUCACAUACAACGAUCAAGCAUAUUCCAAGUCCCUAAAGUGCAGGAUAGGGUUCGUGACUCAAGACGAUGUUCUUUUUCCUCAUCUUACAGUGAGGGAGACGCUGACGUAUGCAGCUCGGCUACGGCUUCCAAAGACUUUGACGAAAGAGGAAAAAGAUCAAAGGGCAUCGGAUGUUAUAUACGAGCUGGGACUAGAGAGCUGCCAAGACACAAUGAUUGGCGGCUCCUUCGUCCGGGGAGUCUCGGGUGGAGAAAGGAAGCGUGUGUGCAUCGGAAACGAGAUAAUUAUCAACCCGUCCCUCUUGUUCCUAGAUGAACCCACCUCAGGCCUGGAUUCCACUACUGCUUUGAGGAUUGUGGACACAUUGCACGAUAUAGCCGAGGCUGGCAAAACAGUGGUUACCACAAUUCACCAGCCAUCAAGCAGACUCUUCCUUAAGUUCGACAAGCUGAUUCUUCUCGGCAAAGGGAGUCUGCUUUACUUUGGAAAGGUGUCAGAAGCAAUGGUUUACUUCUCAUCCAUAGGCUGUUCCCCUCUUAUUGCAAUGAACCCUGCAGAGUUCAUGCUCGACCUCGCAAAUGGAAACGUAACAGACAUUUCUGUCCCCUCGGAAUUGGAGGACAAAGUGCAAAUGGGGAACUCCACAACAGAAACAAAGAGUGGAAAACCAGCUCCAGCAGUUGUGCACGAGUAUCUUGUGGAGGCUUAUGAAACACGGGUAGCUGAAAAUGAGAAGAAGAAACUCAAAAACCCAACACCCGUAGAUGACGAGAUUAAGGCCAAAGUAUGUUCUGCAAAGAGAGAAUGGGGAGCAAGCUGGUUUGAACAGUACUCCAUUCUAUUCUGCAGAGGACUUAAAGAACGAAGGCACGACUAUUUUAGCUGGUUGAGGGUAUUUCAGGUUCUUGCAACCGCAACUAUUUUGGGAUUACUAUGGUGGCAAUCUGGCAGCAAUAAUCCCAAAGAACUGCAAGAUCAGGCAGGGUUACUGUUCUUCAUUGCUGUGUUUUGGGGAUUUUUCCCGGUUUUCACAGCCAUCUUUACAUUUCCCCAAGAGAGGGCUAUGCUGAGCAAGGAACGAGCAGCUGACAUGUACAGAUUGAGUGCAUAUUUUGUGGCAAGAACGACAAGCGACCUUCCACUCGACCUAGUAUUGCCAGUACUUUUCCUCGUGGUUGUAUAUUUCAUGGCAGGGUUACGAAUGAAUGCUGGUUCCUUUUUCCUCACUGUAGGGACAGUUUUUCUCUGCAUUGUAGCAGCUCAGGGGCUGGGGCUAGCCAUUGGUGCUACACUGAUGGAUUUAAAGAGGGCAACAACGCUGGCCUCGGUCACAGUAAUGACCUUCAUGUUAGCUGGAGGAUACUUUGUGAAGAAUGUUCCGGUGUUCAUAUCGUGGCUUCGCUAUCUCUCCUUCAAUUACCAUACCUACAAACUUCUCCUGAAAGUACAGUACGAGCACAUAAGUGAUACGAUCAAUGGGGUCAGAAUAGACGACGGUUACAAGGAAGUUGGAGUGCUGGUAGCAAUGGUGGUAGGCUACAGACUACUAGCUUACCUAUCUUUGCGAAGGAUGAAACUCCAGCCAGGAGCUUAAGUGUCCACAAAGCCAUAUUAUUAUCGGCUUUGCCACAGCACAGUUUUUUGUUUUCAAGGCUUUAGUUAGCUAACAAAUCAUCUGGCCACAAGACUAUAUUGAAACUCUUGCCUCUAAGAGAGGUCGUACAACCACAAUUUGGCUAAGAUUAGCAUAAACAUCAUUGCAUGGAUUUCUCUCAAGAUACUUAUGCAGGAUUCACUGAAAAGAAAGUUUCCAGCAAAGUCUGACAAGUUCAAGCAGUGCCAUGAAAGUUUUCACCCUCUUUUCUAAGGCUAUGUUUGGUUUUCGGAUUGUAUUGAGAAGAACACAUAGGAAAUAGUAUUUUUUGUUAAGAUGAUUGUAUAUAUUGUACUUAAUGUUCGGCUACUUUCGCCAUUCCCGACCAACACCCAAGAUGUGAAUCAAAAUAUUCCUCAUUUGGGGUUGGUCACAGUAUGUCAAUCUCAUCAAUCUAUCUAUAUUGUACAA